AAUACCACGAGCGACUCGGAACAAGUCUAUGUGUUCAAAGGCACCCAGUACAUUCUCAUUGAGAUCGUAAGCCACACUGACUCUCUCGUCUACGGGCCCAAGACCAUCGUCGACGACUGGGUUUCGUUGCGCCAUGUCGGAUUCACCACCAUCGACUCCAUCCUUCCCCAUCCGACUAACAUCAAUCGGACAUACGUCUUCUCCAGGCAACACUACGUCCUCAUCGAGUUCCCUUCCUAUCCCGGUGCUGGAGACGACGUCCUGGUCUACGGCCCAGAGGAGACCGUCUUCGACUGGCCUAUUACCCAGGAAUCGCCCGCCGGCACUUACGACGUGACGCUCCUGUCUCCCGCUUCGCCCACCAACGGCUUUUACGGAGCGUACUUCUUCAGGGGCACCGAGUACACGAGUUUCGUGUUUGCUCCGAAUGCGGAUGACCAAGGCAUAACCUACUCGGAAGCGCACACUGGGGCGGACAUCGACACAGACUGGACGUCCCUCGAUCAGGCUGGUUUUGCCUCGAUCGACAUGGUGAUUCCCAUCCCAGUAAGCCCCGCAAACAAUAGCUGGGUCAUCAGUGGCCCGCAGUAUGGAGCCAUACAAUUUGCUCCAGGUGGGUAG